CCUGGACAAUUUGUUAAUGGACAGGCAACAUUCUUUUCAUCCCAUCAGACAUAGAUACAGUGGAAUUCUUAUCUUGAGAGAGUUACCAAUUCUAACAUUAAUUCAUUUUACGACUUUUUCAUUGUUAAAAGAGUUUUAGGUUUUUCUCUUUGAUUCUCUUUUUUCUUCCAUUCAUUCUCUGAAUCAAUAAACCAGGGCUGCGAUCUUGCUGACUCAAUGUGCAGGGAGUUUGUAUGGACUGAAAAGUCACAGUCAGUUCGUGAAAUAGCUACGAACAUAAUUCAAUUGCUUCCUUUUAACUUUCAUUGAUCGGAGGUUUUUUCACCGUAUAGGUAUGUAGACAUAUAUUCUGUGGAUGUAUUGAAGGGAUACACCUGCUUCAGGGGACUCUCCAGAUGAUGGAUUAACAGAGAUUAUCAGAGGAAUAAUAUCUAUACUUGAGGUUGAAGCCUAAUAUAGAGUCACCAUGGAGAAUGAACUACACAGACGAGACCAUACAGGGGUACAGGACUUUGUUCUUUUGGAGAACUUCACAAAUUCUGAGGCUUUCGUGGAAAACUUGCGAAAAAGAUUCACAGCAAACCUCAUAUAUACAUACAUAGGGCCAGUGUUGGUGUCUGUGAAUCCGUAUCAGAAUUUCGACAUUUACAAUGACGAGUACGUACAGAUCUACAGAAAUGUCAACUUCUACGAGCUCCCACCUCACAUAUUUGCCAUUGCUGAUGCUGCGUACAGGUCAAUGCGCGGUGAGAACCGGAACCAGUGUGUCUUGAUUUCUGGUGAAUCUGGUUCAGGAAAAACUGAAGCCUCCAAGAAGAUCCUCCAGUUCAUAGCAGCCAGCUCCAAACACAUGAAAGAUGUGGAACAGGUCAAAGACCGUCUGCUUCAGUCAAAUCCAUUGCUGGAGGCAUUUGGGAAUGCCAAAACCAACAGAAAUGACAAUUCCAGUAGGUUUGGAAAAUACAUGGACAUUCAGUUUGAUUACAAGGGUGUACCAGUUGGUGGCCAUAUUUUGAACUACUUGCUGGAAAAAUCCCGAGUGGUACAUCACUCAGAUGGGGAGCGUAACUUUCACAUUUUCUAUCAGCUGAUUGCUGGCGGCACCCCUUUACUACUGAGCAAGCUCAAACUCUCCAAAGAUGCUGAAAACUACCACUACUUAACCCAGGGCAAGAGUGUUCGAGUAGAUGCGCUGAAUGACCACAAAGACUUCAACCAUGUCAAACACGCUUUAGAUGUUUGUGACUUUACCGCCCAGGAGCAAGAGGCCUUGUUUUCAAUUGUGGCCUCAGUACUUCACCUUGGAAACAUUCAGUUUGAGGAAAGUGAGGAUGGACCUGCAAACAUUGCAGAUUUCACUCCAGUGGAAUAUAUUUCACAGUUGCUUGGCUGCCCAGAAGGAAUCCUGCAGUCUGCUUUACAAAACAAAACCAUUGAAGCUAAAGGAGAAAAGAUGAAAUCUCCACUUAAUAAGGACCAGGCCCUGUAUGCUCGUGAUGCCCUCGCGAAAGGAGUGUACGACAGACUAUUUACCUGGAUCGUCAAAAAAGUCAACGAUUCAUUGAAUAGCAGAAAGCGUAUGAAGUGCAGCCUUAUGGGUCUCCUGGAUAUCUACGGUUUUGAAAUAUUUGGUGUCAAUAGCUUUGAACAGUUCUGCAUCAACUACUGUAAUGAGAAACUGCAACAACUGUUCAUUGAACUGACACUGAAAUCUGAACAAGAAGAAUAUCAAAGGGAGGGCAUCGCGUGGGAACCUGUAGAAUAUUUCAAUAACAAAAUCAUCUGUGAUCUUGUGGAGGCCAAACCUGUUGGAAUAAUAGCAAUCAUGGAUGAGGAGUGCUUGCGGCCGGGCGAGCCCACAGACGCUACAUUCCUGGAGAAGCUUGACAAGAAUCUGGGUCAACACCCCCACUACAUCAGUCACUCCACGGACGCAGCAGCUCGCAAAUCCAUUGGCAGAGAUGAGUUUCGUCUACUCCAUUUUGCAGGGGAGGUAACCUACAGUAUCCAAGGAUUUUUGGAUAAAAACAAUGACUUGUUAUUCCGAGAUCUCAAAGAGGCAAUGAGUAAGACAUCCAACAUGAUCACCAGUCAGUGUUUCCCUGCUGCAGAACUACUGAACAAGAAGAGACCUAACACAGCAUCCACACAGUUCAAGACCAGCCUGGCACAGCUGAUGGAUAUCCUGAUGUCCAAAGAGCCAUCUUAUGUCAGGUGUAUCAAACCUAACGACUACAAAAGACCAGAUCAGUUUGAUGACCGAAUAGUGCAUCACCAAGUGAAGUACUUAGGACUGAUGGAGAACCUGAGAGUGAGACGAGCAGGAUUUGCCUACAGAAGACCAUAUGAAAUAUUUCUCAACAGGUACAAGAGUCUGUGCCCAGACACGUGGCCACACUACAAUGGGGCCGCCAAGGACGGGGUGGAGGUCCUAGUCAACCACCUCCAGUACAGCAACGACGACUACAGGCUCGGAAAAACAAAGCUGUUCAUCAGGUUUCCCCGUGUCCUCUUUGCUACAGAGGAUGCUUUCCAAGUUCGCAAAAAUGAUUUAGCUACCAUUGUUCAGGCCCGCUACAGAGGGUUUGCCCAGAAGAAGAAGUUCAGAACCAUGAAGCUGGCGGCCAUUAUGUUACAGAGUCACUGGAGAAGGGUAGCCGCCCAGCGACUUCUGAAACGGAGAAGACAAGCAGCAGAAAGAUUACGCGGUUUUAUCAAGGGCUUCAUCCAUCGCCUGGAGCCAGAAUGUGAUGAGAAUAAGCACUUCAUUCAGUACACCAAGUACAACUAUCUGAUGAAACUGAAGGGCCAGCUCCCAAGGAAUGUCCUGGACAAGAAAUGGCCACCUGCUCCCCAGCUUCUGCAAAAGACCUCUCAAUUGUUGAAAGAUCUUUGUAUGAGGAACCUUACUCUUUCCUAUGUGAAAUCCAUCACUCCAGGUAGAAAGGCACAGAUGGAAGAAAAGGUAGUCGCAGAGUCCCUGUUCAAAGGGAAGAAGGAGAAUUACCCAGGAAGCAUCAAGGAAAUGUUUGUGGACAGCCGAUUGGAAAAUACCCAACAAAACAUGUUAUGGUCUACAUUUGAUACCAAGGUUAAGCAAGCAGAUGAAAAAGUUCAGUACUCUGCCCCAGUAACUAAGUUUGAUCGCCAUGGCUACAAAUCCAGAAAGAGGGUGAUGGUUUUAACAGAUAAACACCUUUACCUGCUGGAUGAGAAAUCUUACCUAUUGAAAGAUAAAGUACCUUAUCAGCAGAUCACAGGGGUUCUGACCAGUAGUUUUAGUGAUGGGGUGUUUGUCAUUACAAUCAACAUGGAUGAAAAUGGCAGCAAGGAAAAUUUAGAUGAAAGUUUGGAUUCAAAGGGAGAUCUGAUUCUACACUCUGAUAGAGUUGUAGAAAAUGUCACCAAGAUUGUCAUCCAUGGAAAAAAGUCGGAUGCUUGUCGAGUCAUCAGUGAAACCAGCAUUACACAUGGGAUUUCUGGUGGCAAAAAGGGCUGCAUCGAGUUCACUCGAGGUCAGACCUCGGCUGUCAAAAAGGCCAAGAACGGAAACCUCUGCGUGAUGGUGGCUCAAUGAAUUCCAAAUACCAAGGACAAUCCACUGACAUACCUCAGCUUUGUGUACUGAAUAAACUAUCCAUGUUAAUUUAACUAUGUGAACAAUAUAGCGCAACUGUACAACCUACCCAUGUCAACUGUUCCACUGUACAACCUACCCAUGUGAAUCGUUUCAUCAAUUUAGCAAACGUAUACAACCUACCCAUGUCGACAACAUUACAUCUGCCAGUAGUGUCAAGAAAAGCAGCUCACAGAAUGCGAUCAUUUAUCUUGUGUUAAUCAUUUUAUUUCAGUGGCAAAAUAAUGCACAUUCUGGCCAUCCAUUUUCAUUCAGUGUCAAUCUAUCCGAGUUUUUACAUAAAACAGUACCAAUGUCAUUCAAACAAGCAUAAACAAAUUCAUGGAAAUGGAGAUGCAUGUCUUAAUAUCAUAUGUUAUCAACUUAAGGAUAAUUGCAUGUAAUGCAGACUUUACACAUGCCAUUUUGUUGUACAUUUUAUGCAAAUGUCACUAAAGAAGCACACCAUAUUUCAUCCUAUCUUUUCCAUCACACAAUGUUGUUCAUUCUGUUGUAAAAACAGUGCUCAUUUUGUGAUAUUGUGCCCCAUACGUUGUACAAACCCAUUUGUUAUUAGUUUGUACCAUUAGUUGCCCCUGUUUCUAUUGUGCUUUCUUGUUUUUUAAAGUUUGACCUGGAAAUUAAGGGACUGAUUACCCAUCAAUAGAAAUAGUUGAAGACCUGCACAUUUUGCACAAAAUGGAGAUGAGAUUCCAUUGAUAAGUGCAGUAAUUUCAUGUAAAAACUUGAAUUUGAUCUUGGCAUGACUGCCUUUUGAUAAUUUAUUAUCAUGCUGGGUGCUUAUAUUUAUUAUCAUUUUUUGGUAUUUGUUAUUUACAUGUAUAUAGUGGCAUUUUACAUCAUUUCUAUUUAUAUACAUCUACUGUACUGUGCCUAUUGCUUUAUUGUGAUCUGUGGGAAGAUGCCAUACUGUAUUGCUAGUUUGCCAAUUCUCCAUUUACAGUAAUUGUUGUUAAUUGUUUAAUUAUUGUAUGAAUCAUAUUAAAUGUUUAUUUUCUUCUAA